UUUUUUUGGGGGGGGGAAAACGGGGAAAAAAAAAAAAAAAAAGAAAAAGAGCAAAGGACAGAAACCAAAACAACCCAAGGCGACCCCAAAUCCCCCCGAAACCACCCGAACGCGGGCGAAGAAGCGAGCGGAGGUGCUCGGCGGCUGCAGGAGGCGGCGGGACGCGCGGGACUCGGUUCUCUCUCCGGCACCCGCUCGGGUCGGACACAAAGUGCUGUCCAGCUGGAAUGAAUAUAUCUGAGUCAAACUACUGCCGAGAGGAGAUAUCGCAACCCCGGGGCGACUGUUCAUGGGUCACCGGCGCCGUGCCGGCCGCUGAGCCCGGGCUCGCCUUCCCUCGGCCCCCGGGAGCCGCCUCCCCCUCCAGCCGCACGCCCAGCCCCGAGCCCGGCUUCGCCUUCGGCCCCGCGGCCCCCGGGGCGGCCCCCGGAGCGGCCCCCAGCCGCACGCCCAGCCCCGAGCCGGGCUAUGGAUACAGCCCCCCGGCGGGCCGAGCCGAAGGGAAGGCCGGGGAGGAUUCCCGCAUCCGCCGCCCCAUGAACGCCUUCAUGGUUUGGGCGAAGGAUGAGCGCAAGCGGCUGGCGCAGCAAAACCCCGACCUGCACAACGCCGUGCUCAGCAAGAUGCUGGGCCAAUCGUGGAAAGCCUUGAGCGCCAGCGACAAGCGUCCCUUUGUGGAAGAGGCCGAGCGGCUGCGAAUCCAGCACCUCCAGGAUCACCCCAACUACAAGUACCGCCCGAGGAGGAAGAAGCAAGCCAAGAAAAUCAAGAGGAUGGAACCCAAUAUCCUCCUGCAUAACCUUUCCCAGCCUUGCAGUGACAACUUCAGCAUGAGUCACCACAGCGGCAGCCAGCCGGGCCACCCCCAGCCUCCCCCACUCAACCACUUCAGAGAACUCCACUCCAUGGGGUCGGAUAUUGAAAACUAUGGCUUGCCAACUCCCGAGAUGUCUCCCUUGGAUGUCUUGGAACAGACCGAGCCGGCGUUUUUCCCCCCGCACAUGCAGGAGGACUGCAGCAUGAUGCCCUUCCGCGGGUACCACCACCACCACCCCCAGAUGGAGUUUCCCCAGGAGAAGUGCCUGGGCCGGGACGUGGCCGUGCCCUACGCGCAGCCCCCGGCACACUUGGCCGAUGCCAUGAGGACUCCCCACCCCUCCGGCCUCUACUACAACCAGAUGUGCUCGGGGACUCAGAGCGGGCUUUCCGCCCACCUGGGCCAGCUCUCCCCCCCACCCGAAGCCCACCACAUGGAGAGCGUGGAUCACUUGAACCAAACCGACCUUUGGACGGACGUUGACCGCAAUGAGUUUGACCAGUAUUUGAACAUGAGCAGGACUCGUCCCGAAGCCUCGGGACUGCCUUAUCAUGUCUCCCUGUCCAAAGUGACUCCUAGGAGCAUCUCCUGCGAGGAGAGCAGCUUGAUAUCCGCCCUGUCCGACGCCAGCAGCGCCGUCUACUACAGCCCAUGCAUCACCGGCUAGGCUCGCGCGUGCGCCCAACGCAACAAGCCAACGAGCAGCCAUCCUCCUCCAAAUGCGAGCUCCGUAAUAUGUAGAGUAUCUCAUUAAAUGCAUCGCUUUCUUUCUUAAAAA